AUGAGAUGUCAGAGAGUCCUCACCUACCUGCGGAUAUGUGGGACAACCAUGUUUGGCGUGUCACUCCUGGUGGGCAUCUCCACAGCCUACAUCAUGGGCUACCAGUUCUUCACCACAACCCGCAACUACGUAUCCUUUGGGCUGUACGGCGCCAUUUUGGUGGUCCACCUUAUCAUCCAGAGCCUCUUUGCGCUCUUAGAACAUCGGAACAUGCGGCGGUCCUUGGAGACGCCAAUCAAACUGAAUAAAUCCUUGGCGUUGUGCAUUGCGGCGUAUCAAGAGGACCCAAACUACUUGAGGAAAUGCCUGGUGUCGGUGAGGAGGCUGACGUACCCGGGGAUCAAAGUGAUCAUGGUGAUCGACGGGAACACAGACGAUGACUUGUACAUGAUGGAGAUUUUUAAAGAGAUCAUGGGAUGGGAAGCAUCGGCCACAUAUGUGUGGCGGAGUAACUAUCACAGUAGAGGGCCCGAGGAGACGGAUGAAGGCUACGCCGAGAGCCUUCAGCAGGUCUCCAGGCUGGUGCUGAACAACAAGUGUGUGUGCAUCAUGCAGAAGUGGGGAGGAAAGAGAGAGGUCAUGUAUACAGCCUUCAAAGCACUAGGGAGGAGCAUGGACUAUGUGCAGGUGUGUGACUCUGACACUAUGUUGGACCCAGCAUCAUCGGUGGAGAUGGUGAAGGUUCUGGAAGAAGACCCUAUGGUGGGAGGCGUUGGAGGAGAUGUGCAGAUCCUAAACAAGUAUGAGUCGUGGGUCUCCUUCCUGAGCAGUGUUCGGUACUGGAUGGCCUUCAACAUUGAGCGGGCUUGCCAGUCCUAUUUUGGUUGUGUGCAGUGCAUCAGUGGACCUUUAGGAAUGUAUCGAAAUUCGCUCCUGCACGAGUUCCUUGAGGACUGGUACAAUCAGACUUUCAUGGGAUCGCACUGCAGUUUUGGAGAUGACCGCCAUCUCACAAACCGAGUUCUGAGCCUCGGGUAUUCAACCAAAUAUACUGCUCGAUCAAAGUGUCUCACCGAGACACCAAUAACAUACCUGCGGUGGCUCAAUCAACAGACUCGAUGGAGUAAGUCAUAUUUCAGAGAAUGGCUAUACAACUCAAUGUGGUUCCACAAACACCAUCUAUGGAUGACUUAUGAGGCUGUGAUCACAGGUUUCUUCCCGUUUUUCCUCAUAGCCACUGCUAUCCAACUCUUCUACCAAGGAAGGCUCUGGAAUAUUCUGUUGUUUCUUCUCAUUGUGCAGGCGGUGGCGCUGAUCAAGGCCUCAUUUGCCAGCUGCCUCAGAGGUAACAUUGUCAUGGUGUUCAUGUCGUUUUACUCCGUGCUGUACAUGUCAAGCUUGUUGCCAGCCAAAAUGUUCGCAAUAGCAACAAUCAACAAGUCUGGAUGGGGGACCUCUGGGAGGAAAACGGUAGUGACAAACUUCAUUGGUCUGAUUCCUAUAUCAGUUUGGUUCACCAUCCUCUUCAUUGGGAUUAUCUACACAGUUGUCCUUCAGACUAGAAAACCCUUUCCUGAAUCAGAGAAGAUUGUUCUGGUCAUAGGAGCAGUCGUCUAUGCCAGUUACUGGGUAAUACUGUUGACGUUGUAUACAGUGCUCAUAAAUAAGUGUGGGAAGAGGAAGAAGGAAACAGACUAUGAUAUGGUGCUGGAUGUAUGACAACAGUCAUCAUUUACCACUGAACUCUCCGCGACUCUCUUUCACUCAUAUCCAUGAUGUUGUUAUACAAAUGUUUUUCAGAUGUGGAGCAGCUCUGGAGGCAAAAUUGGUUUAAGUUCAACCAAAAUGGGCAAAGAACCAUGUUUUUUUCAAACUUGAAUGGAAAAAUUGAUAUUAAUAUAUAUGGCAGUGGCGUUUUUCAUGUUCAUUUAUUUACCAUAACAUUAAUAACCUUGGAACAGCAUGCUGUCUUACCAAGGUUUCUUUUUAAAUCUAACAUGUUUAGCUGAAGAUCAGCUGCUGUAAACUAACUAGCUAUACUUGAAUACUCAGUAUGUCAAGAUUAAAUAUAUUGCAGUUGGCAGCAAGAGUGCUAGGUUUUGUAAUAUUAGCUACCUCUUACCCCUGAAUUCCCCCAGGUGCAUCUGUGCAGCGUUCCGGUGGCCCCGUGGCUGCCGGAUGCAAAUGCGGCCACUCAAGCAAAUGCUUAUAAUUCCACCAGCUGCGAUGCAGCCCAUCCCAGAAGCAUCCAAGAACGUCUCUCCGCUCUUCUCUGCUUAAAAUACGCAGCAGGUCUAUCAUUGACAGAGCCACAAGGCAUUCAACAGGCCAGGCAGGAAGUUGAAAGACUACAGCAUUGGAUCAACUUUCAAAAUAAACACCCUGUAAAGACAACACAUUUUAUAUCCCAUCACCACACUAUUUUAACAGCUACACACAGCUACAAAUCUUUGAUCUAUGUCAUUCAUAAUAUGACUAAAUGGUUCUUCUACGGCAGAAGCCCAAAUAUCCAGGAAAAAUGUCCAAAACAACAGAAUCUGUAAGUCGGAAAGGCAAAAUUCUGAGAGGCUCCCGGUGUGAGAGAAGAUGGAACAAAACCACUGCACAGCCUAGAAUGUGGCACAUCUGCACCUGGUGGAAUUCUGGGGUGACCCAUGUCAUUUUCACUGGGCUUCAGUAUAACAUUUGCAACUUAGCAAGUUUCUUUAAGAAACUGUUAAUUGUAUCUCCAUCCAUUGGGGUUAAACUUGACCAGUAAGAAUAUUUUACCUCCAGAGCAUCAUUAUUUCUCCACGAAAUGUUUGUACACCCUGACUAGGAACAACGCCACAUGGCUUCAAGUUGAAGUCAAACUGAAACCACCAGUGCCCUGCUGUGCCAGCCUGUCUCCAUUGUCAAUGAUUACAUUGUUAACUCUAAAAGAGAGGCUACUGCCUAUCUAGUUAGUGGAAUUGUAAUCUGUAAGUAUCUGGAUAGAUUGUGUGCAUUGGAUGAAAAGGUGAGGUUAGCCACGUUACCAUUUGAAAAAACAGAACAAUCAAAAAGAAGUUAUACUUAAGUUAUAUCUGUUUAAAGAUGUAAUGCCACAACUUCAAAGUUCUCAUUGUUGCUCUGGGGACAAUGCAUUGGUGUAUUGUUUUACAACAGACCGUCCUCACACAGUAAACAACCAUAUAGGUCGAUUUUGCUAGAAGCCUAUAACGACUCAUAUUUAGGUUUGUUGUUAGGCGACCCCUAGAGGCACUAAGGUGACAAAGUAAUAGUCAAUAUAAGGAGGCAGUUUGGUGUGGUGGAUGGGUCAAUAAAAACAAAGGACAAACCAAAAGUCUGUCGCUUUUUUAAUUUAAUGAACCUUUACAAACUUAAUUCUGUUAUAAUGUAACUUCCAUGACGUAGUCACGUCCUCAUUUUAAUAGUUUUCACACAAAUCCUUUUAAGCUAAUCCCUGAUGUUUUUCAAACCCUAUGGAACGGUCAUGUAUGUCUCAUAUAUAUACAUGGUUUUUAAGAAAAGAAAAGCUACAGUUUAAUUAUAAUAAGAGUGAAAGGGCGCAGAAAUGGCUUUAAAAUGAAAAGCUGCUCUCUUUCUUUAAUUGCACUCAUGUCAUAUGGGAAAGAUAGAGUUCACACAUUAUAAAUGUAGUCAUCUGUUUCUACAGAAGACAAUUUUUCAUUCAAUUCAUAAUUGCAACUCCUACAUUUUAAUUCACUGCUAUUAAAUGCGGGCUGUGUUUGUGCUUGACAUAACACUUUUUGAUUUGCUGUUUAAAAGGAAAUACAUCAGUCACUGUGGUCCAUGUCUGUUAAAUGUGAAAAGUUGCAUCAUCCAUCCAACAUCCAUAAAAGUAUCCAAUCAUGCUAUUUCAGUAAGAAGCUGCAAUAAUUAUGUUUGAAUGUCUUGUUGUUAUUCCCAUAUGACUUGAAUGCAGUAUUUUUCUUAAUGUUUACAAAGUGAAGAAUCUCAAAAUGAUUACUGAUUGGUAGACAUAAUAUCUACCAAUCAGGUGACCAGGUGAACAUGUGACCAGAAGCGAGAUGGUGCAUCAUUGCUGCUGAGUUUUCUUUUAACAGAAUAACGACUUUUGGUUUUCUUUUCUUUUUUGUAUAAAUGAUAGGUAUAAUGUAUUUCUUUCUACCAAGUUGAAUGAUGACCACAAUGUAGACAAGGUGGACAUGUUCCAAGCCAAAGAUUGUGUGGUUUUUGCCUUCCAUGUGUCCUUGCUAUCUUCCUUUCUUCACAUACUGUAUUGAGAUAGCUACAUCUCUCUGGUUCCUUGCAUUGUGUUGAACGAACUGCAAGGAAAAAAAUUAAAUGUGUGAAGAAUACAUUUAUGCACCAAAUGGGAGAAAAGUACUACCUGAUAACAGGAAUGUGAAUAACUUGAUUGAAGGGAACAGAAUUUUGGAAUAAAAUGAGUCCAGUGUGUGCCAGGACCAGGAGCAGACACGAGUUUAAUUCUUAUGCACUUUUAUGUCUCUCCUGUCCACCAGCAUGAUGCUUGACGUAAUCUAAAUGAAAUACCUCAGUGGUUCUCUUUGCAUUGCAUCAAGGCAUUAGGAUGCCAUCCAAAGACUGAUGCAUGCUGAAGGUCUCAAGUAAUUUAUAAUGUUUGUGGUAUUAAGUAUAAAAGUGUCCUUUUUUAUACACAGUUCUUUAUUAUGUCAAAGCUGGAUUUCUCUGCCUUGUCGGUCCUUUGCUGUAGCCGUUUUCUUCUUAUUACUUUUUUAUUUCAAUACAUUUUAUAUAUAGACAUUUUUAUUCUAUUUUUGCUUUGCUAUCAUCAUGUUUUUAUAAGAAAAAUGGAAAAUUGAAAAAUAUAUUUGUUGUGCUUUCAACUGUUCUGACAUUGACUUGUUUAUCUGACCAAACAAUGUGAAAAUACGAACUGGGGGGUUUGUCUGCAAUAAUUACAAUAAAAAUGCAACUUGUAGAGAUAAGUUAUUAAUUUGAAGAGAGGAGAUGAACCUGUGUUUUUGUACUUAAAUAAAAAACCGCACAUUCUGUGGUUUAUAGGAUUUUGUAAUAAGUAAGAUAUCCGCCAUGUACAUUUAAGAGUCCACACUGCAUAAACAAUAAAUACGUUUAGACAUAAUGUUUAACAUAAAUGUGGACAUAAUUGCUAGGCUUCACAUUUUUUGCAGUGUUGAAACACAAACACCAAUUUUUAGAUUUUAAUACAACGGACAAUAAAGCCAAUGCAGACUGAAAACUUCAUCCAAACGAUUUGCACAAAAAAGUAAUUGUAUGCAAAUGGUAUGUUCUAGUUGUGAGGGGCCUGAUAACAAAAUAAAAAGUGUGUCAUUUUAUAUACUUUUAAGGACAAGUUUUAUUCUGAGGUUUACUUAAUGAGACCAACAAUGGAACCAUGAGGAUGUUUUCAUGCCAAAGUAGUCAUGGGCAGUGUUAUCAUAAAGCACUUUUGUGUUGUGCCAAAUAAAAACAAGUAUUGUUUAUA